UCGCACUCUUUUAAUUCAAAAUCAAACUUAAAAAAAAAAACCCAUCUAUUUAUUAAAUUAUUAUUACUGUUAUCAGUGGCUAACCAUCCAUGGCUAUUACUCUCGGCAAGUUAACUAUUCUCGUCGGUGCAGGUAUUCUUGGCUCGGUUCUUGCGAAAGAGGGGCGCAUGCCUGAUGUUUCUAGUUUUGUUUCAGGAGCUUUCAAGAUUGCUCUCAGGCAACUUAAACAAGAUGAUACUGCUUCAUCAGUUAGCAAGUCUAGCAAGCCUCCAAAUGACUCUUUGAUGGCUCAGGUAACCAGCCUUCGACAAGAGCUGCAAAUGUUGGCAUCAAGUAGACCAGUCACAAUUGUAACUGCAAAUGGGACAGGCGCUAAUAAAUAUGGUGUAGUUGUUGUGGUGAUAGUUGUUGGAUAUGGCUAUGUUUGGUGGAAGGGUUGGAAACUUCCUGAUAUGAUGUUUGCAACCAGGCGUAGUUUAUCUGAUGCUUGCACUUCUAUAGGCCAACAACUAGAGAAUGUUUAUGGGUCAAUCAGGAGUACCAGGAGGCAUUUAUCUUCAAAGAUUGAUGGUGUGGACACAAAUUUGAAUGCCAUUGCAGAACUGACAGCCAGUACUCAAGAAAGGGUUACUGAAUUGCGAGAAGAUUCAAGUAGGAUCGGCAACGAUGUUCGAUAUGUCCGUGAUGCUGUUGAAACAUUGGAACUAAAAAUUAGCAGAAUUGAAGGGAAACAGGAUUUGACAACCCUAGGAGUAAAGAGGCUGUGUGACUAUGCCUCCAGUUUGGAAAACAACUUACUUGAAGAGAAUGUCCAGACUUCAGCUUCCAGUUCACGGCUAGCAUUCUCAUCAAAGGCUGGGGCAUUACCUGCUCCAUCAAGUGAACCAUCAACUCCUUCUGCCUUGAAUGGAUCUCAAGAGGUUCAAAGGCUCCCUCGCAAUGCUGCAUCAGCCUCCAGCCAGAAGGGAAGUACUGAGAUUUCAGGAGUGGCUGAGGUUGCUAGCAGCCUUGGGAUUUCAAAUGUUAUCCAUACACCAGAAGAAACAAGUAAUGGAACAAGGUGGUUUAAACCGGCAUUUCUUAUGAGAACCCGCAGCGCAAUAAACAGUGUAGCGCAACAAACAAGUUCAAGUAAACAGCAAUCAUGAUGAUAUUUUCCAAUGAAAAUCAUUUUACUCCUGUGCUGUAAUUAGUUUACUCUGGGAGAUGCUUCAAGUUUGGCUGUUACUGGUGGUAGGAGUCGCCUUAUGAAUACAAAUACCAGAAUGGUGCUGAGUUUUGUAGAGAUGCUUAUGUUUAAAGGUUAAUAUCAUUCUUGAUAUGAACAAUAUAGGUUAGAAAUAUGAGUAGUGGAUCUUAGAGGGGAAAGGGGGAAAACAAGGUACUUCUUAAUACGUGUGAGAAUUUCUGCUUAAAAGGAUGAUGCCAAAUAAUAAUGGAAGAACUCUCCUCAUCACGUCUUCGGUUUGAUGGGAGAUUUGUUUUUCGAUG